CCGCAUGAUGGCAUUAUCUUUCAUCACGAGCCCUUAUUUGGAUUUGAAAGGUAAGCCGCAAAUCAAUUCCUCUUGCAUUUGUGACAAUGGAGAUAUGGCAUAUUUUUCCAUCUCCAAUACUAUUCUGCCAUUAGUAAUUAAAAGGUCAAAAAUAUCCCCCACCCUAUCCAGACCUCGAAAUCGAUGAUUCCUGAUGCUUCUCCAUAUUACACCUACUCUACUGAAGUUACUGAUGCAUAUCUUCACCGGUCUCCAGGUGCAUACUUGAAAAAUCCUACCCCAGAUUCUCCGAAAGCACUAAAGUUGGCAUAUCGCCGCUACAGAAGGAGAAUGCCCAUUCCUGCCACAGCAUUGCCUGUCAAUGUCCUUUUUGUCCAUGGAAUUGGAAUGAACAAGGGUGUAUGGCACUACCUCAUCGACAGACUCUACCAACGAUUUAGUGGCUCAGGAAAGCUCCAGAUCAGCACUGUGAUCGCCAUCGACACCGUCAACCAUGGUGAAUCGGCGUUUGCAAACAGGGGACGCUUAGGCCAGAGUUACGACUGGCACGACGGAGCAUUUGAUAUCAUAAAGGUAGCCACAAAGGACGAAGCUUCGGUGUUUUUUAGCCAAACUCCCAAAUUGAAUAUCUUGGUGGGCCACUCGGCUGGUGCAACCACGGCUCUCUAUGCUUCAGCAUAUAAUCAGGGCCUAUUUGACUCGUGCGUGGCUAUCAAUGCCGUGGUGUACUUGGGACCAGACGAAAUCCAGCUCAAGAACAAUACCAUUACUGAAUGGAUAUACAAGGGAUUUAUGAACAGUACCAUAUGCGUCGAGGACCCAGUCAAGUACCGUGAAGAAGUUUUCCAAAUGUACCGUCGCAAUGGGUUCUAUUAUAAGUGCCACCCUCUGAUAUUGAAGAAUAUGGUGGAAGAUGAAAUACCAUCAGACCUCACUUCUGUGUCUAGUGGAGAUAAGAUACAGUUGAACACCACUACCGAGGCCCUGAUUAUGUUAUAUUUCUAUCGUGGGUUCAACAACGAACACUCCAGGAUAUGUUUUAGCAAUAUCAACAUUCCCGUGUUUUCAAUAUCGGUGGAGAAUGAUCAGGCAAAUACUAAGCACACCCAAGAGCUUAUUCUGUUGCUUAAAAGGGUACAUAGAGGCAUUUCUAUCCCCAAAGCAACCCAUAUGGUUCAUGCCGAAGAACCGGAGUUGAUUGUCCAAUUGUUGGGGUCAAUUAUGGAAGAAAGGGCGCUACUAAAUGCAAGGCUAUAGGCUCACAGGAAAGUGUGAUCUAAUCCAAGUAAUACUUUGUACAGUGUAGGUGUGUAUAUCACAGAGCCAGCAUCUGUCACCUGAAAUCUUCUUUAUAAAUUCACAGUAGGCUCAGUUAGAAUGUUUCUCUUCAUGGUUUAAAUCCCCCGAGUUUUACCAUCCGGAAACAUACAGCGGAGGGAGUUGUUGUAAUUGUUCAAUAGCGAAUGCAUCUCCUUAUUAUACCAGAUACAAUAAAAAAUGAGAGACAUCUGGAUUAGGAAACUAUCUAAUAGACUCGAAAGAUUGAACUUCAUCACUCGAUGUAACAACCUUUGCAUCCGAUUUUUCACUUACUGACGGUGACCUGAUAUGUAUCGUUAGAGAGCCAUGGGCUACAUUGUUGCCUGUUAUUGACAAUUAAUUGCGUCCUGAGUAUUACCAUAGGAAUUUUGAUCAAAACCCGAGGUUUAUUCGAAAUCUUUAUGAUUUUAG